CCUAUAUUCCUCGUGUCCCGGUGCUCCGGUGUUAGGAUAAAGUUUUACUGUAUAUAUAACGGCAUCUCUGCGACACAUAAAAAGCCUGUUUGAGGUUCAGAGAGCCCUUGCCCUGGACACAUACCCUCCUGAUAUCUCCCAUCUAUGGGCUUCCAGUGGUCACCAUGCCGCCAAUGCGCCCCAUCUAAAGGGUCUCUUCGAAUCGGUUGAUGCUAUACGUCAUCUCCUCGACGAUCCCUAUUUUUAUGCUGCCGUUCCUCUAAUCGCGUUCAUGCUCUUGGUCAUGCGUUCUCGCGCUCGCCGCGGUGGGCUGCCUCUACCUCCUGGGCCACUCGGCAUUCCGUGGCUUGGGAACGUCAUUGGCUUGGACGUUGCGCAGCCCUGGGUAACGUACACUAAGUACGGAGAAAAAUACGGCGGCUUGGUGUAUACGAAGUUACUUGGGCAAGACCUGAUCGUUAUUAAUGACGAAGAGGUUGCGAUAGAGUUACUCGAGAGACGCUCAGCAAUAUACUCCGGGAGACCUGUGAUUGCGACCAACGAGCUGUUCGGCAUGGACUUCAACACAGGCCUACUUCAGUAUGGCCCGCAUUGGAAGUUCCACCGCAAACUAUUCCAUACCGCGCUGCGAGCCGAGGCAGCGCAGAGCUAUGACCAGCUGCAAAUGUCCAAAGCGCGACAGUUUGUACGCAGCUUAGCCAAGAGUCCGGAACGUUUUGAAGAGCAUUUGAAGACGCUGUCUGCGAGCAUCAUCAUGGCGAUCACAUACGGGUACGAUGCCCAGCCGGAAGAAGACCCAUUUGUCGAGAAGGUGGAACAACUCAUCGGGAUGUUCCUCACGGCGCUGACGCCUGAGCGUGCCGCACUGAUAGGAGCAAUCCCAUUCUUGGCACACAUACCUUCAUGGAUGCCAGGUGGACGAUACAAGCUGCGUGCGAAUGAGUGCCGUGAGCUCGCGCAGAAGGUCUUGUCAGAACCUUACGAGUUCGUGAAACAAAAGCGUGCGGAAGGAACCGCAAAGAAGUCAAUGGUGUCUGACCUAUUGGAUGCGGAGCAUUCAUCCAAAGAGGUGAGCGAGUACGAUAUGGAGAAAGAGAUUAUGGCCGUAGCCACAACCGUAUUCCUGGGUGGUGCUGAGACCACGUAUUCCUCGGUAUACACGUUCCUCCUCGCCAUGAUCCUCUAUCCGGAUGUGCAGCGCAAAGCACAGGAUGAAAUCGACCAGGUUGUUGGUCACGAUAGGCUUCCUGACUUCGCAGACAGACCAAACUUGCCUUACAUCGAGGGCGUUCUCCGCGAGACUCUGAGAUGGCAUCAUUCGACGCCAGUGGCCCUCCCACAUGCCACGACGGAUAGCGACGUGUACAAGGGGUAUUACAUACCCAAAGGCGCUCUUCUGCUGGUCAACUUGUGGGCUAUGACACACAAUCCUCGCCAGUUUGCUUCCCCAGAACUCUUCAUGCCUGAGCGGUAUCUCGACUCUCCAGGCCACGUUGCCGAGAAGCCAUUUAGCCAUCCGUUCGGCUUUGGCCGGCGCAUCUGCCCAGGACGUUACGUCGCUGACGGAUCAGUGUGGGCCACCAUCGUCUCCGUCCUCGCAACUUUCCGCAUCGUGAAUGCUAAGGACGGCAAUGGGGAAAGCAUCGAGGUGAAGGAAGAGUUCUUGAGCGGACUGGCUGUCCGUCCGAAGCCGUUCAGGUGCGGGUUUGAGAAGAGAUGGAACGGUGUAGAGACUAUUCUCGGCGACUAACACGAAUGGCUGUUAGCGAUGUGCCAAGUAUCAUCACAUACAGUCUUAUGCAAGAUCUACUUAGUAAGGUGACAUGAC